AUGGGAGCAGAACCAGCAUUCCAAGAGCCUGACGUUCUCCUGCCUGUCCACGAGGCUGAGAUACGACGGGAAUUUGCCAUCAAGAUCGAGUCAGAAAUCCGCGCCAACCCGAGGACCGCAAACUUCAAACUCAACACCGCGCAAGUCGCCACUAUCUUGUCCGUUCCCUUGUCCGCCCUUCGACCUGGCGGCUAUCUAUCGACUGGAGUCUUGUCAGGAGAGCUGUACCAACGUCUAACGGGUCUGCCAGCGCUUGUUAAGCAUUCUGAGUAUCGAUGGUUCAUCCUUGGCUUGGUAUAUAAGCUUGCCAACAUCCAGAAGACAGAGAAAGUCUUCCAGCAUAUCCAAGCCUUCUUCGGUAAAGACUGGCUCCUCAGAUAUCGGCCAUAUCUUCUCAACCCACAGCAACCAGGCAGCUCCGACAAAGUGUGGAAUAUGCUUUGCCUCAACAUCACGGAUUACGGCUGGUGGAGGUGCGCCAAGUUCGGGCUCAAGUGUUUGGGCAUCAGGCCGACUACCCAAGGCGAGUCUGUUGUCAUUCUACAACUCAACUGGGUGCCACAACAAGAGAUGGAUCCGAAGAAAGUGAUGUCUCUACAAGGACAAGACAACGACUUUGACAAGAUGGUUGAGUGUGCCAAGUCAUUUCAUAGUGACGGAAGCCCUGACUCCAUUCAUGAAUUGCCCGAGUUCUCGAUAUUAUCUGGACACUUGAUCCACGUCCCGAUGCCCAACCCCGAAGCUGUCCAUUUCAAGGCCAUGAUCGGCCUCCAUUGGGCCAUGAUCGUUGUGGCUGCCUUUUGUGGUGGUGCUGUUGCGCCUCGCCUCCUACCUGACCGUGAAGAAUUCCAUGUUGGCCAUGAAAAUGUCGAUGGCCAGGAGUUGAGAACCAGGGGAUGGGCCAAGGCACACACAGGCUGCCAUAGCUGA